AGCAGACAGUGAACGCAGCAAGAUAAUACACCGGUGCUGAUUCAUCAGAAAGUAGUCCAUCAUCUGAUAAGACUCAAGAAGAUUUAGAAGCAACAAUGAAUAUCUCACACGAAGUCAGUCUGCUGGUGGAGGAGAUUCAGCGGCUUGGCUCUAAAAAUGCCGAUGGUCAAACCAUCGUGAAGUUUGGAGUCUUGUUUAAUGAUGACCGGUGUGCCAACAUCUUUGAGGCAUUGGUGGGCACCCUGAAGGCAGCCAAGAAGAAGAAGGUGAUCGACUUCCAGGGCGAGUUGCUUCUACAGGGCGUCCACGAUAAUGUUGACAUCAUCCUGCUGAAGAAUGAGGCUUAAAUGUUCAGACCACGUUGGCUUCUUACUGCUGUCAGUUAUUCUUUACAAAUACUGAGCUGCUUGCAGUGUACCAGCUUAUCUUCUGUUUCUUCAUGUACAAGGCUCAGUAUUUAGAUUCAAACAUGAUAACCAAACCGAUUUGCUCAAACAGCACACUUAAGGACCAAGCAGGCUUUUCUGAGUUUGAUUUUUCAGUGCCAAACAGAAGCACACAAAUGUAUGUGAGAAUGUUUUUAGUUUAUCUGGGUUAAAUUAGAGCUGCAUUCAUAGUUUCAGAUGAUAAGAAAAGGUUCUCUCAUUCUCAGGUGCUGCUGUUUUAUCAACCACACGUCUGACGUGCCAUUUUGAUACACUUUUAAGUCUAUAAACGCACAAAUCAGGAUUGUGAUUACUUGUCAAAUGCCUUUUUCGUGGUAUUUUGUUAAUUUCAAGGAGCCAAAUGCCUCUCUUGAUUGUACCGUGUCCAAGAAAAGACACAUCCAUUCCAUGACUGGCUAAUUUUAGCAACUUCUACUUAUUCAAAUUGGAGAAAUUUGAUGAAUUUGUUAGUAACGGACACAUGUUUUUUAAGCUGUAACUAUCAGUGCAGCUUUAUAACAACAGAGCGUGUGUCUAUUAACAGUGUUGGUCCCAUUUGUUGUUUACAUGAGCCAAAAAUACUACCUCCUGUGGACUUUGUAAAAGACAUCAUCAGACCUGUGCUAUGGCAAAUGUAAGAACAAUUCUGUUGUAGUAACUACAAAGACAAAGUGCAUUUCAGGAAAGAUUUUUGCACCUUUUUGUACUUUCUGCAAACUGCUAGAGUAGUUUUUAUUCCAUCUUUUUUAUAAGUAGUUGAAAAUGAAUAUUUCUCUGCUAAAAAAAUCUCCAAACAUAUUUGCCUUUCAUUAGAAACAGGUCAGGAGUUGGCAAAUGGCGAAAGUAUUUCUAGUGCAAUUUAUACUAGUGUUGAAUUACAGGGUGAUUGGUGCCAAUUGCAGAGGAUGAAUUUGUGAUGUUUCUCAGGACCAAGUCUACCAAAAUAUGUUUAAUAAUUGUCCUGUGACUUAAAUAAGGUGUGACAGUGUGCAUUUAUAGUUUUAUUAGUUUUUGUUUAAACUUUCCAGUCUUUUUUUGUACUGUGGGUUAAAUGAUACUUGCAGAUCAGGUGUGGUGAUUUAACUUGAUUCUCUAACAUCAAAGCUGAAAAUACAUGGGCAAUUUAUCAUAUUUGUAAGAGAAAAGAUUAUUUUUGUGAGUCUCUAUAGCUUUAGCUGACUCAUUUGGCUCUCCAUAUAAUGCCUGUAUGUCUAGUUGUAUGGGGGCAAAAAGAGGCCAAAAUUAGCAAUACUAGCAUUAGAGAAAUAAACAAUGAAUAAAAUCAUCAGAAGAGAUCCUUUAUCUGAGUUUCUAUAGCUAUAGAAACAUUGCAUUUAAAUUUGACCCAUUUGACACACCAUAAAAUGUCCAUAUCAGUGUUGUAUGGGGGCACACAUAGGCCAAAAUUUAGCAAACCUAGUAUGAGAGAAAGAAAUGAAUAAAAUCAUCUAAAUGUGUUAAAACAGUCAGAAAAGAUCCUUAUCUGAGUUUCUAUAGCUUUAGAAACAUGGCAUUUAGAUUCAGCCAAUUUGGCUCUCCAUAUAAUGCUUGUACUAGGGAUUUAAGAGGGCACAAAUAGGCUAAAAUUUAUCAAUACUAGCUUGAGAGAAAGAGAUAAUGAAUAACAUCAUCUAGAUAUGGUGAAACAGUCAGAAAAGGCCCUUUUUGUGAUGGUAUAUAGCAACAGUAAGAAUAUUGUAUAACAUAAAAAUGUCAUGUUUUUCUCCUGAAUAUAUAGGGUUUUUUUGCAAUUUUUUGUCAGAAUAGCAUAGCAUUUUUUUCUAACUCAAUCCCAACAAUAUUUUUUGCUAAAUACCCCUUUUUAAAGUCUGAUUCCAUUUCAAACUGUAAAAAAAUUCCAAGUGACUGAUAGAUUUUUUUGGGGGGAAAUGCUUAAAACAUAUACAUAUAAACAUUCUUACAAAAAAAAAAAACUUUGAUUAAAAAAAAAAGUUAAUACCUGAAAUAACCUUAACUGUUCAUGUGAAAAGACACAAAAUCAGCAUGGCAGUGAGGUAAAUUUUUAAUAUGCAUUGUUUACACAUCUCAUUUCAUAUUCUGUUUGUUGUUAAUCACUUAAGUUAUCUCAUGAUUUUUUUUUGUUGGUUUAAUUCUGUACAUUUGGUAAGAGGCUGCAGAAAAAUGAGUGUGACAGGAAAGCAACAGUCUCCUAGUGUUCUGCCUAUAUGUAACAUAACUGUUGUGCUUAUCAUCAUAAUAUAAUUUCUGCCAAGUUUCAGUAAAUAUUUGCCCUAUGAUCGCCCACAUAAAACCUUACUACUGUUGCAAAAACAGAACUGGUAUCAACCUUUUGUCACCACGCCUUAACUGCAAGUUUUAUAAGUCUAAUUACAGACUCUGCUGUUUAGUCUACUCCUCUGAAUCACAGGUUCAGGUUUUAUUUCAGCUUGACUUGAAUAGUUCACUUUGUUUUUUUAAAUCAAAGAGGAGCAUUUACUACUAUGUGAUUGUGCUCCAAACACAUCCGCUUGCAAAGAUAGUUUAAGACAAAUCAAGGAAACAGAAUCAUGAAUCUAACUGAAAUGCAGCCUAGAAAACACAAAUAAUGGUCCGAGGAGAGGUUUAAAAGUAAUGGGUAUCCAAGAGGAAAACAAUGAUUGAGAACCAAACAUGCUGCUUUCAUCACUGUCAUUUUGUAUUAUCCUGCUGUUUUAUCUCUGGGGUGAGUCUCAGAUGGCCUCCUUGACUGUGAAUGCAAACAGUUCAGUACAAAUUGAGAUUUAUCAUGAGGAGAAAGUUUGAUCAGAGCAGUGCCAAUACCUCAAGCCAUUUCUGUGACCUAGUGGAAUGCCUGCAUGAUGUGUUCAAGUGCGUCAUUACUGUCUUUUGUAUUGGCAAUAAUACAAACCAGAUGUUUCUGAUGUACACAGAGGAAUAAAAAUUACAUGAUGCCUUGAAUCUGCUUUUCUG